GAUUCUCCAGACAACAUGCAGAUUCUGCAACUUCAGGUUCUUAAUAAAGCAAAAGGAAGAAAACUGGAAGAACUUAAUAACCAGCUGGAAGAAAGAGCCCAGCAGAUUAGGUAUCUGUCUCAUCAGCUUGCAAUUGUAAAAGGUAAAUCUCUUUGCCUUGGGGAAGCAGAGUUUUGGUUUGGUUUGUGAGGAUUCUAGCUCCCUUAGAAAUAAAAUAUUUUCUUCUCUGGCAGUGGUGGGGAGCCCCCUGCCCGUAGGCCAGAUUAGAUCCAGAAGGAAUCCUGAUUUGGAAUUUGAGGCUGUUUCCCCCAGUUCACUCCCACUUGGGAUUAUUGACCAAGAUCACUUGCGUUCUUGGCAGAGGUGUGUUAGAAGUUUGGGAAAUAACAAAGAUAAAAUGCCAAAAGGACAGUAAGAGGACCAGAUAUGCAAGAGUUAAUAUUGAAGUGCCUUUUACAAAUAAUAAACAAGGCAGCACACUGUUGUUUUGCUAUCAUUUAUUGUACAAACUAUAGUUUGUGUGUCCAUUAAAUUAAAACUACACCAAUCUGGACCCUAAAUUUAAAUUACUUCAUUAGAGACAAAUUGUGUGUUCAUUCUUUGCAUGCUGAUCACUGCAUUUGUAUUAAUGUUUACAAUUGCUUGUGAGCAGGGACUGACUCUAUUUCAGGGGUAGGGAACAGGAUUCAACCAGUGGGCAAGAUCGUUUGGUCUCCCCACUACCCAUGGGCCAUUUUGACAGGUAGUCCUUUUCCCCACCCCCUCAAACUUAAUCUAGCGGUUUUAAAUAUUUUUCUUUCUUUUUUAAAAAAGAUGAAAAAGAUGGCAUGUGUCUCAGUCUCCAGGAAAGUCAAAAACUCCAUCAAAAUGCCAAAGAAAGGGAAAUUCAGCUUGAAGGCCAAAUAAAAGCUUUAGAAACACAAAUUCAGACACUAGCUGCCAACGAGGAGCAGGUACGGUAACUAUUACAAUUCUCAUAGUUAUUAAAAGAUUUGCCACAGUACUGCAACAUUUCAGAAUUUUGUUGGUGAUGUCAUAAAGAAAAGAGAGCCAUCACCCAUAUAUAGUAGGACUCAACUGGAUUAGGAUUGUUUGGAAAGCUAUUACAGAUACUAAAAGGGGAAUUACAGGAUACAGUCUGCAACUAAAUCCAAUCAUAAAGUUGUUAGAUCAUAUUAAGCAGCAGAUAAAGAACAAUCAAAGGGUUCUUGUAUCUCAUUGUUGAUAGCAGCUCAGAUAACGUUUGGUAGCAAAAUCUUGGAGAAGCAGUAAUCAUCCAGAAAUUAAUCAGUGACUAAGAAAAGUGUGUGACAUCAUGGUCUUGAAGAAAACUACAUGCUGUAAAUUGCUUUGGGAAAGAAGUAUGCAAACAGUCUACAUUUCCAAGCAAAACUGGCCUUUUAUUACCGUAUUUUUCGCUCUAUAAGACGCACCAGACCAUAAGACGCACCUAGUUUUUGGAGGAGGGAAACAAGAAAAAAAAUAUUCUGAAUCUCAGAAGGCAGAACAACAAGAAGGAUCGAUCCCUCUUGCUGUUCUGGCUUCUGGGAUAGCUGCGCAGUCUGCAUUCGCUCCAUAAGACGCACACACGUUUCCCCUUACUUUUUAGGAGGGAAAAGUGAGUCUUAUAGAGCAAAAAAUAUGGUAUGUAUUAGCAUUUAAAAAAAACUUGAUUAUUAUGGAUAUUCUUAGCCAAAUAUAGUUGCGUAAUACUUGCUUCGUAACAUAUGAUAUGGCAUUCUAUUUAAGAAGUUGAAGAACACUUUGUAACCAGAGAAAUUAUGUCACUAAUUUUUUUUUUUUAAGGUGGCUAGAGAAUCAUUUUGAACUAACACAUGUUCCUGUUUGAUUUUUGUUUGUUUUUGUAGCUGAUCAAACAGUCUAAAGUUGCAGAAGUUGCAAUAGAAACCAUGCAGCAGCAGCUCUUGGAACUUCGACGCUCUGACACCCUCCAGCGAGCAAGAGAGCAGCAUGAGGCAAUCGUUACAGCACUCAAACAGAAACAUGAAGAACAAGCCUUGUCUUUGCAGCAGAAACUGGAUGCUAGGAAUAUAGCAUUCCAGGAGCAG